AUGUUAAAGAACCUACUUAUAAGAUUGAUGAACAUUAGUGAAAGUUUAAACAAUUAUGUUAAAGAAUCACCGAUGAGUGACAAUCCAGAAAUAAAUAAAUUUAUUCAAGAAGAUGGUAGAUUAAAAUGGAUACCUUAUGAGAAGUUAACUAAUAUUGAAUAUCUUGCUCAUGGAGGAUUUGGAGUUGUAUCAAAAGCAAAGUGGGGUUUUUUAGAUGUUGCUUUAAAAAGCUUAAAUAACUCCAAAGGACUGACAGCUGAAAUUUUAAAAGAGAUCACCUAUUAUCAACGGUUUGAUCAUAAAAUGUUUGUUAUUUACGUUACUCAACUUUAUGGAAUUUCUCAAGAUCCUGUAACAAGAAAUUAUUUGAUGGUAAUGCCAUAUUUUGAAGGUGGUAGCUUGAGACAAUAUUUAAAUAACAACUAUAAUAAGUUAUCCUUUAAUGACAAACUUGGCUUGUUAUAUUCAAUGACAAAUGGAUUAUAUUCCAUUCAUGAUCAAGGAUUGAUCCAUAAAGAUUUUCAUCCGGAUAUUAUUAGUGCACCCCAACUAUUAAAAGACUUAAUUAUUAAGUGUUGGGAUGAUAAUCCUUUACGACGCCCAAACACUCAAAACUUAAUGGAUAAUAUUCAUAAUUGGUAUUAUCUCAAACUAGAUCAAGAAUUUAAUCAGCAAGUAAAGGCUAUUGAAGAUUCACUAAUAAAAUUAGAGACAUCUAAUAAUCUAAUCUACAAAACACAUCCACAGGCAAUUUACACCAGUAGACUGCUUGAUUUGAAAGAAAUUAAUUCCUACAUUUCCGAAAAUUUGAGAUUUCAUAUUGAUGAUCUUGCACAACCAGUUUUAAGCAUGUUUCAAAAAUUUAAUACAAGUCUUGAAGCAUUUUAUCUGGUAUUUCAACUAGCAUAUAAUAUGACAUCUAAAAAAUAUGAUGAUCAUAUUCUUAAUUAUCCAACACGUUUACUAUUUAAAGAAGCUCGAGUAUUUGAUUCACGUUUUAUAAAUCUAUCUGCUAUUAGUCAUAAUAUUACUUCGUAUCAAUAUAUUUUAGAAUUUUCUAACCCAUCUAUGGAGUUUUUACAAGAGUGGGCAAUUUAUUGUAAUAUUAAUUUAGCAGAAAUCGAAUUUAAUAG